CUCCUCCCGAACCCUGAGGCCUGGGGCACGCGAGGAGGUGCGGAGCGGGGCGAACGACCGAGAAGGGACUGGGAUGAGGAGUGUUUGGGUAAACGCAGGGAUCCGGAUUUGUGGUGUGGACUUAACUAGAGUGGUUUUAAAGACACUUGCGUGCUGACUGUUGUGGACGUUCGUGUUCGUUUUCCAUCCGCCCUUCCCCCUCCCCCAUCUUUUCUUUCCAUUUGUUUUUCGUGUUUUACAGUAAAGGCAUGACUUCCCGGCACCUCAGGGAAAAUAGGGUGCAAGCCCAGAAACUAUUUCCCCACCACCACUUGUUGAAAAACUGAUUUGAAGGCAUCUCCGAGUUUAAAUCAACGGAAAGUGCCAGGAUUGCAUGCGUCUCUGGUUUUGCGCUGGAGACCCUUCACUACUAGGUAUCAAGACGGAAAAACCUGGAAACUAAUUCGAACCUUAUUCAAAGUCAGAAUGGAAAGAUUUGUAGUGACAGCACCACCUGCUCGAAACCGUUCUAAGACUGCUUUGUAUGUGACUCCCCUGGAUCGAGUCACUGAGUUUGGAGGUGAGCUGCACGAAGAUGGAGGAAAACUCUUCUGCACUUCUUGCAAUGUGGUUCUGAAUCACGUUCGCAAGUCUGCUAUUAGUGACCACCUCAAGUCAAAGACUCAUACCAAGAGGAAGGCAGAAUUUGAAGAGCAGAAUGUGAGAAAGAAGCAGAGGCCUCUUACUGCAUCCCUCCAAUGCAACAGUACUGCGCAAACAGAGAAAGUCAGUGUUAUCCAGGACUUUGUAAAAAUGUGCCUGGAAGCCAACAUCCCACUUGAGAAGGCUGAUCACCCAGCAGUUCGAGCUUUCCUGUCUCGCCAUGUAAAGAAUGGAGGCUCCAUACCCAAGUCAGACCAACUGAGGAGAGCAUAUCUACCUGAUGGAUAUGAGAAUGAGAAUCAACUCCUUAACUCACAAGAUUGUUGACAAGGAGGUUACCACCAUUGUGAUCAAGAUAAAUAAUGUGGAGUAUUAAAGUUAUGUGUUGAUUGUGUGGUUCAUUUUUAUAUUUAUUUCAUUUUAAAUCAUGUGAUGCAGAAUAGUUUUGCAAUGUAUAUAGAGUUGCAGGCAAAAACAACAAAAAACAACAAAAAAAAAACCUCACUGCAAAAUGUAUUGUUAAUUUUAGUCACCAAUGGUGUAAAGCAAAACUUAGGGUUUAGAGUGUGCUAGGAUACCUGAAACCUGAUGGUUAUCUUUCAAAUUGAUGGUUUUUCUCCUGAAGUGUUUGUGCAUGGAAGAACUGCCCUGCUUUUCUACCCUGUUGCCACGUAUGAUUAUUCCUUGUGAGAUUACUUCAUUACUUGGAUUAAAGACUAGCCUAGGAUAUUGAAGCUGCUGCCAGGCAACGCCACUCACAGUAACUUAAAGGAAUUAUUUCUGAUUAGAGGAUCCUCAAAAAGGAAGAGAUGGUGGGUAACUGUUCUUAUAUCUUCAUUAUUUGUAGCAGAAAGUGACUGUUUAUUUCAGACUAUGCUUUACUCAUACAUGAUGUAGUUACCUUAACUAUCCUUCAGUUCCUCACUGUCUUUUCCCCCUUUUUUUUAAAGGCUUAUUGUUGUAUUUAGUAGCAGCUUCAAGUGACCAAAAGACUAAAAUCUUUUUUUAAUGUCAGUGCCAAGAGCCAUGGGGAAUUUUGCAGUGACAUGAUUUUAGUCUCUUACGAUAAACAUACAUUUUUGAAACAUAGUUUUCAUCUCAAGUAUCAUCUUGAAUUUGCAAACUUAUUUUUUAUGUCAUGGUGUUAAAAAGACUUCAAGAUUGGCAUUUUAAUUUAAGCAGGUAGACAUUUUAUGAUUGAGUUUCCUAUUUUUACAGAAAAUAAUUUUUGGCUGACAGAUAAUAAGGAAAUUACUUUCUAUGCAUUAAUUUUUCCAUAUGAUUUUAUAAGAGUUUGUUUAGAUAAGUAGACUAGAAACAAGUUUGCUUACUUUCAUUUUUGUGUGCUUUGCCUCUGGUGGUGCAAGGUUUUUAAACAUGGAUGGUAAACAAUUGUCUAGAAAUACUGGCAAGGUUUUUGUAAUGGAGAUCUGGCAGUAUCCUGCAUAACUGUUUGGGUGAGGAAAUAAUCAGUUCUGUUAAAGGUCAACCAUGUUCAGGAAAUGAUCUCCAUCUGAACCUCACUGUCCUGUAAGGUUAUCAAAGUAGCUUAGCUCAGUUAGGUCCUCUCUGUUGGAUACCCGAAUUAUAUUUUUUAAAAAUUAAACAGCUGGAAACUUGGACUAGAGCUUUAAAAAAGAAUCUUAAAUUCUUUCAAAACAUUCAAGUUGAAAAUAUUUAUAAAAUAUAUUUCUGUUACAAAGCACUGAUGAAUAAUGCCCUACGUGACUUAGAGGGAGUUAAUCUUUGAGGUCAUUUUACCACAAAUUUUAAUUCAAAAAAAGCCAAAGUGAAAAAGAAAACAAUUAGGUUUUAUAUUUUUCAAAAAGUUUCAGUGUCUUAAGUCUUUUUUAACAGACUUAAGUUCCUAGUUUGUGUUGUCACAGUACCCAUCUGAUUUUAGAUUUUAUGUGGGUUUUUUGCUUGUUUGUUUUCAUUUCUAAAUAAGCCUGCCACCAAAAAAAAAUCACUUGUCAAAAUUUGAACUACCAGUUUUUCUCAUGUUCAGUUAUGUUCAAGUAGCACAAUAAAUGCCUAAAGUAGUGCUCUCAUUGAUAAAGAACAGGCAUGAGGAGACUGGCAGCAAAACAACCAAAAUGUGCUUUGUUUUUACUUCUACUAAAGAAUUAGCAGGCAACCAUAUUUAAUUUGAAUUACCUAAGAUGAUAGAAGGCCUAAGAAGCUAGGAAAAUAAUUGAAUUUUAUAGCACUAUUUUUAGAAUAUAAAGAUAAAUAUACAAUCAUUCUAAUUUUUUCAGAUAUCUCAUGAUUCAGACUGCUUCCUUAACAUUUGGAUAUUGAUUUGCACUAACAGCAAACAUGUAGUGGCAGGGCAGAUUUGAGUAGUCAUAAGUAGUAAACUGGAUGACACUGCACUUAGAAAAAUAGCAGUAAUUCACAUUUGAAUUUCUAGUGGUUAUUACUAAUUUCAUGAUCAUUUAGGUCCCAUAUAUCUUAAUGUAUUUCUCCAGGCUCCCGACUUUUCCCACAUAUCUAGGGGCAUAAUCCAUACUCCUGUUAGGAUUAUAUCAUGUCCUUAGAAGCAUUUUCCAUCCUGUUGCAGAGGUUUAACAUGUUUUUUACUGAUUAUGAAACUGUUCAUUCCCUGAAACUGGUUAACUUUACUUCACAGAUAAAUAGAUAAGACAGAAUGAUUGUUGUAGCCUGCUCAAACUGGUACAAAUCUGAAACCAUGGUUGGCAUACGUUGGAUAACAAAGGAAGAUGUCUAAGAGGCAUAUGCUGCUGUGGAGCAUAGUGGACGUGUGUACAGAAGCUUUCAAUCUUAACUAUAUAGUGUUAGUGCGAUGCUAUACUAUUGGAAAAAUAGCAAGUUUUUUUCUAUUUUAUAAGUUGUAUGCAUAAACAUGAGAUUUGUAAUGUUUCAUUUAUAAACUGCCUUCAACACAUGCUUACCUAUUAAAUAGUGUUUUUUCAAAGUAUGGUAGUAUGUCUUCCAGAAUUUCACUAUAUGCUUACAGUAAAUAGUUCCUAGCUUGUUGAAAUGUUAAAUUCCUUCUUGGUUUCUUUUGAUUCUAUGGAGCAUAUAGCAAGCCUGAAAGACAUUGUAAUCAUUUCUUACAGGGGGAAAAUUUAGAAAGAUUGUGUAUUGGAGCCUAAAUAGUCGCUUUAUUAAUUAUCAUCUUUGAGUAAGACUUUUUUUUUUAACAAAUGCUACUUCCAGUUAAUGCAUUUGGCCCUACUGAAUUUUCAGGGACCAGAAUACUUAAAAAGUUCUGCAUCUUAUAAUUGUAACCAAUUAAGUAUGGCCUUGGGGUUGUUCUAAAGUAUUCAUUGCUUUAACAACUAUUCUAAGUAACCGCUGGCAAGAUCUCCAAGCAGAAAGUUCCAUGUUAAAAUCUUUUGCCUGAAGGAAUUUGUAUGUAAAUGAAAACACAUUUAAACAAAAUAAAAUCUAAGGUGGCCCAAAAUGAAAGCCACAAACGAUCUGUCAUUUGGUGCUUAAAUCUUUGUAAGGGCUCUCCAUGGUCUGAAUUGCCCCAGCUGCCUUUAAAUGAGUACAGUACACCUUAAAACGCAUUUAUUAAAUAGAAGACUCAUUCUAUAAUUUCAUUGAAAAUCAGCCUAAAAUAAGUUGCUUUGGCUUCUAGUCAGCACUGAUUAAAAUGUGAAUAGUGAAGGGACUAUCCUAAACCUGGUUUAUCUCAAUCCACACUAUCAUAGACUUGAGGUAAAAACAGUUCUUACCUGUUGGUAUUCUACUUGUAUCUGGAAUAUUGUAUUCAUUAAAAUUUUACUAUGUUCA